UCCUGUUAAAUCCGAGAGGAGCAUACACCCACAAGGAUACGAAUCAUAAAGUUGGGUCCACAUGUUCCACAGCUCUACUGCUCGGAAACUUUUAUUUCCACCUCAUUAACUCCACUGAGCAUGGAGGGGUCAGGCAACUUCACAGAAUCCAAGGUUCUUCUGCAGAAGGCUAACGGCGCGCCCCCGACGGACGAAAGCUAUGGCAACGCAUACGUGUACAUUUUCAUAGUAAUUUCCUUUUAUGGGGUCUUCCUAGCUGGAAUAAUGCUGGGCUAUGUUCGCUCCAAAAGGAGGGAGAAGAGAAGGUCGAAUAUAUUUACGCGCCUGGUGCACGAAGAGGAGCAGCGGGAAUGGGGCGCGCUGCAAAAGAAGCACAGCAUCACAAUGCCCUUCUUCCAUGUAUCGCUUCCUUUCUCCACGGAGAGCCAGGGCCUUUAUGAAGGAAGGGUCCUGAGCUCCCCUCUGGCCUGCGUCUUGUGUUCCAUGGAGCAAAGCAGCGUCAGUUCACUGUGCUCCUCCGCUGACGUGCGCUUCGCCAUAGAGGAGGAGUCGGACAGUGGAACAGCUGAGGGACCGGACGAGACGCAGAAGAGCAGCUCAACUGACAACAGCGACGACUCGGCAGAUACACUUCGAGAGCAAUUGUGACGCUCAGAACAUAAAAUGAAAGAGGAAAUUAACAUAAUAAAAACUGUAGGCUUUCCAUUACACUACGUGCACGGAAAUAAACUGAGAAGUUAAUAUCAGACUGGAAAAGUUUAGCUCGGCAUAUGGAAGAAACCAUCCCGUUCUGAGCACUGAAACGUACCUGGAACCCACUUGAAAUAUUUUGUCUUGAUCGAAACUUUAUAAACCUAGAUUUCGCAGCCCUGUAUUCAUAAUGUCGACGUAGGUUUAUUAGGGGUUAUUGCGUGAUAAACUGUAAAUAUGGAUUUUGACAUGUUACUACAUAUAGUGUAGUGGUUAAAAACAUCUAAAUGCUGUUCUCUUAAAUAUUUUAUUUUACAUGGAAAUAUACUCACUUUUUGUAGAGAAAUGCAUUUUAAUUUUCGCGACCGGCGAUUAGAGUUUACGCCUCUACACCACUGACAUCCUAAUGUUCCGUUUAAGAGCUACAUUAGGCCUAUUUUAAAUGUAUCUUCUAGGAAAAUAAAUAUGUUUG